GCACAAUCAAUUUCACAGAGGAGGAGGAGAAGAGGAAGAAGCAAAGGCACAAGUAGAUAAGGAAGAGAGGGAGGAAAAGAGGACGCAGGGAGUUGCCAGAGGAUCGAGCAUCAGCGUGGAGAGAGGAGAUCAGCAGGAGGGCGUGGAUCUAUAGUUAAAGAAGGAGACAGGAGUGACCAAAGACAGACGAGGCAAACCUGCAGUCCCCUGGAAGAGAAACAUAGCCUCACACUUGCUCAGCACGAGUGUGCGUCUGUGCGAGGUUGCCCUUUUACUGUACGCGUGUGUGAGCAGGUGGUACUUUGAUGGGACAGUGAGCAAUGCCUCACACGCAGCGACAGCAGGUUGGCAGUAGGGGGCAGUGCUCCUCCCACCUCCUCCCCCUCCUCCUUUUCCUCCUAUCCCUUGCUGCCCGGCACAGCCAAGCAGCCAUACACAUACCCUCCAACUACCACAUAAGUGAUCUGAAGAGGCCUCCAGCGAUCACCACGCAGCCGGAGUCUGUCACCGUCUUCAGCGUUGAGGACCUCGUCAUGAGCUGCGAAGCCUCUGGAAACCCUGCGCCCAUUUUCCGAUGGACAAAGGAUGGAGAGGAGUUUGUCCCUGGCAGCGACCCAGAGCUGAAGGUUUCCGAGCACACUGGCUCAUUCGCAUUCUACACACUCAGUAACACUAUGGACACCCUGAAGCAGUACCAAGGCAAAUACAUCUGCUAUGCGUCCAACGAGCUGGGGACUGCUAUGUCUAAUGAGGCUGUACUCAUCACUGAUGUGCCUCCGACCCUGCAGAAAGAAAAAAAGGUUACUGUGAAGUCUGAGCAGGGAAGCAGUAUUGUUCUGAAGUGUAACCCCCCACAGAGCUCAAUGGAGCCAAUCAUUCACUGGAUGGACUGGAGGCUCCAUCAUAUCCAACUUAGUCAGCGAGUGGUGGUGGGGAAGGAUGGCAACCUGUACUUUGCCCAUUUGACGGCAGAGGACAGCAGGGACGACUACACCUGCAACGUCCAGUACCUGGCGACUCGCACCAUUCUGCCAAAGGAAGCCAUCACACUGACUGUCACUGCUUCCAACUCGGUAGUGCGGAACAAGAGGCCUCAGAUGAUGAGACCUACUGGAAGCCACAGCACUUACCACGCCCUCAGGGGCCAGACCGUGGAGCUUGAGUGCAUCGUCCAAGGCCUUCCGACUCCUGAUGUGAUGUGGCUGAGGAAGGACGGUGAGCUCUCUGAGUCUCGAACCAUGAAGGACAUGUUUGACCGCCGCCUGCGCUUCAGCAACAUCUCGGAGAGCGACGCGGGCGAGUACCAGUGUAAAGCCACCAACUCCCAGGGAAAGAUCACACACACUUACACUGUGAUUGUGGAAGUGCAUAUUUUGUUUUAUGAUUUACUAUACACAAUAGAGGGACCAGACCUGAUGAUAGCUAAUGUGGAAGCAGAUGAUGAGGCUGUGUACACCUGUCAGGUCAUCACUAAGCUGGACAUGGCUGAGGCCAGUGGCACCCUCACUUUAUGUGAUCGUCCAGACCCUCCUGUCCUCCUUCAGAUCACUGAUCCUAAGCAUCGUGCAGUCACCCUCAGCUGGACUCCUGGAGACGACCAUAACAGCCCUGUGUUAGAGUACAUGAUUGAGUUUGAGGACCAAGAUUCGAAGGAGAGGGGCUGGGAAAAGAUGAAGACAGUAAGUGGGAACACAGAGCGUGCCAGUCUCCCUCUGUGGCCUGACAUGUCCUAUCGUUUCCGGGUCAUUGCCAUCAAUGAUUUGGGUAAGAGCGACCCCAGCAAGCCGUCUGAAAUGCACAAGACACAAGCUGAAGCUCCAGACAAUAACCCUGAAGAUGUUAGAAGUGAGUCCACAGACCCAGACACUCUGGUCAUCACCUGGGAGGAAAUGGACAAACGCAACUUCAAUGGGCCUGACUUUAAGUACAGGGUACUGUGGAGGCGAGUGCUGGGCAGCGGGCCCAACUGGCACAUCAAUUACACAGCCGCACCGCCAUUCAUCAUCAAUGACGUUGGCAACUUCUCCGCUUUUGAGAUAAAAGUACAGGCUAUGAAUAAGAAUGGAGAUGGACCAGAACCAGACCCGGUCAUUGGCUACUCAGGGGAAGAUGUUCCGUUGGAGGCUCCAAUGGAUGUGGGCGUUGUACUAAUAAAUAGCACUACCAUCAAAGUGACCUGGGCAGCAGUAGACAGAGAUACUGUCAGAGGACACCUGCUGGGAUAUAAGAUCUACUUGACCAGGACUGGCUCUAGGGGCCACCACCGUGGCAGAAGGGCCAAGGAGUCAGAAAAUACCAUGGUGGUAGAGACCGGGGCCAACGAGGAGAAGAAGGUGAUCAGUGAUCUCAGACCAUACUCCCACUAUACGCUGGCUGUCAUGGUAUUCAACAGCAAGGGAGAGGGACCUGCCUCUGAGACGCUGUCCUUCAAGACCCACGAGGGAGUUCCCGGUCCUCCCAUGUCCCUGAGUUUGGACAGCCCAUCAGAGACAGAGAUGACCCUCCGCUGGACGCCUCCCGGACAACCCAACGGACUCCUCAUUGGAUAUCUCCUGCAAUACCAACGAAUUGUGGAGAGUGAUGACAGCCCCACGCAAGUAGAGGCAAUAGAAGAUCCCACUGUCACCCACCUCACACUGAGGGGCCUGGACCGGCACAGCCAGUAUCGCUUCUCUCUGCGGGGGCGCACUGCUACUGGAGACGGAGAGCCCAUAAAGAAGGACGGAGCCACCACGCUGGAUGGAGCGCCUCCUUCCAACAUCAGCCUGUCUGUGGGGGAAAACUCAGUUAACCUUAGCUGGGUAGCCAAAAAGAGACAUAGGAAUGUUGACUUCCAGAUACACUACCUCAGGAAGAAUGAUGGCAGUACAUGGAAGAAGACGGAGAAGGUGAACUCUUCUCAGUCUUCCUACCAGCUCCAAGGCCUGACACCUGGCUCUCUUUAUCAUUUACGCUUCACCUACAGCAACACCACCUUCUGGGAGACUGACAUCAAAACAGACGGAACAGCCGUGACGGAGGUGCAGCAGAACUUUGCGACGCAAGGCUGGUUUAUCGGCGUAGUGAGCGCCAUCGUGCUGCUGCUGCUGAUACUGCUCAUCCUCUGCUUCAUCAAGAGGAGCAAAGGGGGAAAGUACUCAGUGAAAGAUAAAGAGGAGGGCCCGAUGGAUUCAGAGGCGCGGCCUAUGAAAGAUGAGACUUUCGGAGAGUACAGAUCUCUAGAAAGCGAUCUCGAGGAGAAGCACACGGCCAGCCAGCCAUCCCUGUGCGAGGAGAGCAAGCUGUGCAGCGAGGACAACCUCGACUUCAACGGCAGCAGUGCCAUAACCACGGAGCUCAACAUGGACGAGUCUCUGGUCAGCCAGCUGAGUCGACCCAGCGAGGGCCCAGAUGCGCUCCACGGCCUGCCAGACAACUCCCCGCUCAACCCCACCGCCGUCUCCCCAGCUACCAAUGGCACGCCCAACUCAGUUACCAUUCUAGAUUAACCUCCACAUGUCCACCGGGGGACCACCAGACCAAAACAUGUCAACACAUAUGUGCCCAUAUGCUCUUGUUCCUUAUACUGACGUGCUGAUCUGUACUUUGACGACUGAUACACAAUCAAUAUAUUGACUAUUCAGAUGUCCCUUGCAGUCAUCUGAUGGACUGGACUGUUUUGACCAAAGGAGUGUCCAUGAGUGGACAGUGUGAUACGAGUCUGACUUACCUGAAGAUGUCCGUCCCUCACCCUCUAUCUGUGUAGUUUACAACUAAUCCAAAUGACUAACAUUCAUUUCUCUCCAUUUCUUCUCUUUCUUUCUCUUAGCAACCAACACCAUAGAAAGGUAAAGACAGAAUGCUGUACAGAUAGAACUAAGAGAGGGACUGUCGCUGUGGUUGUGUAGAGAUGCAGUCGUACAUUGAGAGAGGAGGGUGGUGUGUGAGGAAACAAAAGCUUCAACCAGUCUUGAAACUUAGAUAUUUAUCACGUCUUGACUUAAUUCUCAUAUGAUUUUUUUUACGUCUAAAGCCAUUUGAUGUCUCAGAUUGUAUUUGCCAGUGACAUUUGUCAUAUAUUUAAGUUUUUAUGUUUUUGAAAAACAUUUUUUUUUAUUUUCAUCAUCAUGUUGUCGUAUUGUGUUUUACAUUAUUUAUACAAAUCUCAUGACUUCUCUUUUUUGACAUAUUUCAUCGAUCAAGAUGUUUUCAUCGAAACUAAGUGAAGCCAAGUUUCUAACUAUUAAUAACAUUGGAUGCAUUAAGGGGAACUUGCUGUGAAGAUGCUGAGUAGCAUCUGGUGUAUAUAGCUGCAUCUACAUCUAUCUACUUAGCCAUAAUACAGUAUUAUAGAUAUGUACAUGCUCCUUAUAUGUUCCUGUGCCUGCUGGGUCUGCAUAGAGCACCAGAUUGAUGUCAUUACUCUCCGCCUUCCCACCAGAAGUGUAAUGCCAUAUUUGGAAUGAUAUUGUAAUUUUUUGUGUCAACACCUACGUGUAGCUUUCUGUAUCUUGUCUUUGUCUCUUUCUACACUGUAUUAAAAACAUUGUUGUCUCUAAUUAACAAUCUUUUCAUACCUGUCCAUCCCAUACUACGCAAAUUGUUUGAGGAGCAGUAUUUAUGUAUAUUACAGAUCAGAGAGUGGAGUCUUGUGGGCGAACACGCUCAUGUUUUAUUUUAAGACCCUCAUCAAUGCAAGUUGAUAUUGCAGACAGGCUUGAUGAUUGCCAGUUGGUCAAGGCAAACAGUUGGUAGUUACAUCAAAUGCAGAGAAUGUAUUCUUUUUAGGGCUCGGUAGUCAUUGUAUCUACAUGCUACCGAUAAAAAAAUCUGAGAUACAAGGAACUGGAGAGAGAAGAGUGGCAAUGAAAAGAUCUGGAAGGACAGGUUUUCCCCACUGAAUGUAAAUACAACCCUAAAAGAUUGUUCUUAUGAACCCAACCAUGUUUGAUAAAAAAUGUGAAAAAUGUGCAGGUUUAACAUCAUCUCAUUUUAAAAUGUUGCAAGCUGUAAUUUUUCUUCUUUGUACUAUUGCUAUGAAUCCAACCUUUCCCUUUUGCAGUGAUAUUUGGCUGUUUUAGCUAAAAAUAGCUCAGAGCUGAGGAGAGAGGAAAAAAAUUGUUCUGUCGAUGUUUUCAAACAUUCAAAAAUUAAAAAAAGUGUACAUUAGUGUCAUUUAGUGAUAGUAGUAGUUGCAUUACGAGGAAAGCUAAGAUUUCGUUCCUGCCCAUAACCAUCCAGCGAUGCAUUGCAGUGCAGUGAAUAUCUGUGGAGUUUUUGUCUGAUGCAGUCAUGAGAGGCAGCGAUGCAGUUUGUGCACACCACAGGGAGCACCUGUAUGCACUGGUGCUGUCUCAGUUCUCCCUAUUCAAAUAAAAGCUCGACACUGGCCAGACAUCACCUGACAGUCCCUGAGGUGCAGAACACGGGAUGUCUUAAAACGGCCAGUGGCACAGACAGAAGUGUGUGUGAGCUCCCUGUUGUUGGUUAUACAGACACACUCAGGACAAAUAAAGGUUUAAAAAGAUCUAUUUUCAUACCAGGAGCGACGAAUGACACAAAAUAUGCCAAUAUUCUAACUUGACUAUCUGCUGCUAAACAUCUGUGUUUGUCAGUGUUCAGGGGCAAAUGUUAGCUUUGAAUGAGGAAUGAGUGUACACACACAGAUACUCACUCGACUGCCACUCACUCUCUGCUUUUCAUGUUUCAAGGUAAAAUGUGGGGUCGCUGGCAUUUGCUUUCCACCAUUGUUUCUCCCCCAUAUUUUAUAAUUAAAAAGAGAAAAAAACCUUUGAAAAAGUGAAUUGGUUCGUUUAGAGAGGCUUCUUGAGAACUCUGAAAAACAGAAAGACUUUAAACAACAAUGCCUGAGUGGGAGGGUUGGGGUGAGAGAAAAUAAGAGUGGAAGGAGGGGUAGGGCACGUGUGUCCCUGUUGGGGUGUAAAUGCCUCUUUGUGAUGUGUGGGGAGCACUGUUGGCAUAAUGGCACUGGUGGAAUCUACAUGUAUCAUGGGUCGGCGUUAGAAGUUGGGUGGAUUGUACCACAUGUGGGGCCACGAUAAUUGUAACUGCAUUAUGAAUCUACCACUGUAACUGGAUAUAUGAGUGAAAAUAAAGUACAUGGAACAAUCUGUA